UCAACUCCUCCAGGUUGCUCGGGGCAGACAAAUCAUACCAGUUUGGCAGAAAUUGAAUGAGGUCAGUCACCUCAUCAUGUUCAACCAAAGAAGGCAGGGGAAGGUUUCAAAGAUGAAACUUGAAGAUUUCCACAAGCACAGCACCACCAAACUGGAGGGGGAAUGCCUGUUGAGUGAUUUAGAACGCCAGCUGUGCAAGAUGUUCCGUGUUGUUGAAAUAGUCGGCAAGAGAGGCAGAACUGUUCCCGUGCUCCUAAGCAAUGAGGCGGUAGCAUGGUUGAAUGCCCUUGUUGCCAACAACUUCUUGUUCGCACGAUGUUGUUAUGGCGGGAGAGGCCACAGACAAGGGAGUGACUGUUUAAGGGCAUGUGCAGAUAAGGCUGGCCUUGACAAUGCAUCCAGCAUCCGGUCCACCAAACUCCGUAAACAUGUAGCAACUGCUUUGCAAAUUCUUGCAUUAAAGGAACAUCAGCUUGAAACUCUUGCCAAUUUCAUGUGCCACGAUCUGCGGGUACAUCGCGAAUACUACCAGUUGCCAGAUACUGUACAGCGGGUCACCAAACUGUCCAGACUUUUCCUGAGUUUGGAGAGGGGCAACCUGCCUUCCCAGCAGGGCAAAUCCAUGGACGAUCUGCAUGUAACUGGAGGCUUCACCAGUGAAGGGGACAGCAGUGACAGCAGUGAAGACUCCUGCGAUGAAUCCGGCAAAAACGGAGGACAGACUGAUGUAUGAGGUCACAUGACACUUUGAGAUGCUGAGACGUAAGCUCUAGCAACAGGAGAACCAGGUCAAGGUACUGCGGAGAAAAAGAAUAUCAGCCAAGGUUAUGCUACUGGAUAAACAGAAGAGUUAAGCCAGAUUUAAGUCAACAAAAGCCCUGACGAGUGCGACGUGGAGGCCAAAACCUACAGUGGGAAACGAACUAUAUACAUGUAGGUAGCAGACCAUAGCAACAGAAAACAGUAAUUCCUCCAGAACCACAUCAUUCUAAGCAGGACAACCAGGCAAUUAGAAGACAAGUGCAGGUCAUCAACCUGAAGGUCAAAUGUCACAUGUCACCAUGGAGAUGAGUCACAGAGGCAGUCAUCUGCACAAUGGUCUGUCAAGUUACUCUCAUCACCAUGGGGGAGUGAUGGGUCACAUGGGCCUGGGGUCAGCAGGUGAAAGGGUCAGCAGCAGUCACCAGCAUGUGGCAUGUUCACCUGCAGAUGAUGUCGACCUGGAUGCAUUGAUCAAUGAUAUGAACACUUUCCCUGCCUAUAAUGAAGAGCGCCCUCUGUUGGAAAGCAUGGAGAACUUGAGCCACCUUCAAGAUAGUAGCAGCUAUGAAUUCUGUUCCAAGAGUGCAAGCCAGAGUGCACUAAAUGUGGGUCGUACUAUUCCCAAGCCCAAGCUAGACUGGACUUGGAGGAGCAAGUCCACAUCAGGCACACCUGUGGUAGAGCAUGCCAAGCUAAAACUCAGUACGUCACUUCCAGAGAGACGAGAGCAAAAGGAAGUGGCUGGGGAUGAUGAGGUACCCAAUCCAUUUCCAGGCUUGAAGACCAUGGGAGUAGGCUCAGCUGUGGAGAACUUGUACAUUGCACAGAAAAGCAAGGACAAGUUAAGUCUGACAAACGGGGACCAGAGUGAAGUGCCUCAGUUUCCCAUCAGAGUAUAUUGUGAAGAUGGUACUACAAAGUUAUGUGGGGUUCAUCCCAGUCUUACAGUUCAAGAUAUGUGCGCAUUAAUGGUCUAUAAAAUGCACACAAGUGAUGAUAAAAGCUGGUCUUUGAUAGAGGAGCUCACUGAUAUGGAUUUAGAGAGAACAUUAGAGGAUCAUGAGUUGCCCUCGACAGUAUUCAAGAGCUGGCCACAAAAUUCAAACAACAAACUCCACUUCCGAAAAGACUUCAGAAAAUAUGAAAUCUUCCAAAAUCCAGGGCAAUUCUUCCCUGAGGAAAUGCUUGUAGAUGAAGAUGACAGUGACAGUCCAACACUCAGUUGCAAACGGCCUAAGACACCAUGGUUAUUGGACUUACUGUCAACAGCUGAUAAGAUUCCUGAGAUCCAGGGUUACUUACAUAUCAGGGAAGGCCAUAAGAAAUCCUGGAAGAAGAUGUUCUGUCUGUUGAGAGAAAAUGGCCUUUAUUACUCUGGGAAAGGCAACUCAAAAGAUUCAAGACAUCUUCAUUUCUUUGUGCAAUUCAGUGAUGUCAACAUCUACCAAGCUACUAAUGCAAAGAAAAAGUACCAUGCACCGACUGAUUACAUGUUCUGUAUAAAGCCCAAUAAAGGAAAAUCAGAAACGAAAGAUCUCAAAUGUUUCUGUGCUGAGAGUGAGCGGUCUAGGCAGUGCUGGCUGGCUACCAUGCGAUUUGUCAAAUAUGGGUCAUUACUACGGGAAAACUACAACAGUGCCUUGCACAGGACAGCAAAGACUAAAGCAGCUAACUCAAACAGUGCUAUGAAGGACAUGAAGAUCUGCACAGAGCGAGCAGCAAUGGAUUUCUCAGGUGAUCAAGGUCGUGUCAUUGACAAUCCAUCAGAAGCCAUUGCGAUAGCCAGACAAGAAGGAUUCAAUUGGAGGAGACGAGGUGGGCAGCGUUCCUUUGAGGGGCCUUCUCUGACAAGUCCUCGACAGGCAAUUGCCAGUAGUCCUCGUUUUGUCUUCAACCCACUACAUAAAGACCUACACAAUACAACUUGUUAUGGUACUCAGCCAAGUAGUCCCAGGCAUAACGGAGGAAGUCCAAGAGGGAGUGCACAUCAUGGAAAUUGCAGCCCUGCAGGUCAGAGACUAGGAGGAUUUAAAUCAGCAGGUAUCCAUAUGACUCAGCCAUGGUUCCAUAGCGGGCUAACACGUGAGCAAACUCAUGAACUCUUUGCCAAGAAAGGUAUGGUGGAUGGCAUGUUCCUGGUGCGGGAGUCUCAAAGGAUAGCUGGUGCAUACGUUUUGUCAUUUAGCUUCAACCAGAAAGUCAAACACUACCAGAUCAAUGUUGUUGAGAGUUGUGGACAGGUUUUCUUUACCUUAGACGAAGGCAGCACCAAGUUCACUGAUCUGAUUCAGCUGGUUGAAUUCUACAUGGUCAAUGCAGUUGGACUGCCAACACCCUUACUUCAUGCAUGCUCCUCGGUUUGAUCUGUGCUUUUAUCCAAUCAAGCAUGGAGCAUCAAUAGUACAUCAACUGCAGAAAU